AUGUCCCCACAAUUCCACCUCUUCUCCCUCCUCCCCCCAGAACUUCGCACUCAAAUAUGGCUUUCCGCCUUCUCCACCCCCCCACCAACCUUCUACUUUUACAAACCUGGCGCUUGGAAAUUAACGCCAUGUUCAUGUUCCCUCGACAGCUCAGCCCUAGACUUCGUGUUUGACCACAAGGUCUACGACGCUGUUCAACUUGAUAUACCGCUAUUCUUCGUGAACCGAGAAGCGCGUGCUAUUGCACGGGCUUGGAUGCGGGAGAAUGACGUCGAAGAGGUAGAAGAUGGGGAGCGGGAGGAAAGAGUUGUGUUUAGGAAAGAAUUCAACCCGGUGAAAGAUGUGCUUUUUAUGCCGUAUGAUCAGUGGGAAAAGUUUGCAUGUGAGGGUGUGAACAGGGGGUUCGCAAACGAUGCCUUGGGUCGAUAUUUACACAGUGGCGUUAGCACUAUCAUGAAUCUUGCUCUACCAGUAGAACUAUUUCAAAGCUCUACUGGCAUUAUACUUGAGUUGGGCGAGGUGAUGGAACAAUGGUACCAGCACCUCCAGGUAUUGUACCUCAUAAUCGAUCCGCCGUCAGACCUACGACCCGUCAACGACGGCAUGAAGAUACAGCCACGAUGGAAUUUGAAAGACUCAGAAGGUGGAUCUUUCAUUUGGAAUUACGAAUCCCGCAGCUUCGAUUACAGACAGGGUGAAGAGACUCUAGAUCCGGCGCUUUGUGCGUUGAUACGAGAGAUUAGCAUGAAACUAGGUGAAGAGCUUACCAAAAACAACAUCAUAGAGUUUGAGACCAGGCCCGUCUUCGCUGUCAAGCAAUCAGCUCUAGAAUAA